AUGUCGCCCAUCGACUUGUCGACGAAGAGUUUCGACGAAAACUGCGAGCGAGCAGCGGUCGCCAUGGAGGACCGGUCCAACAUGCUCGCCAACUUUCCGGUUCCUUUCACGAGUCCACAACAGGUAACAAACAUCCCUAAUAUAGAUAAGAUAACACGUGUUCAUAGUGCAUUCCUGUCGACUAUUUACAGUCCCUGAAAGCAUCGGUUUGAAUGUGUUUAUUAUUGCAGUUUCUCUCGUUAUGUGCUCAACUGGGCAAUUCGUCGAGUCGCAACGUGUCCUCCACAGCCUCCUCGACGUCUUCAUGUCCAAUCCAAUCGUGCUCCCAGGUUCGUUCCUCUAAUAACAUACUUCCAUUUCGCCCCCCAAAUGACCUCUCUCCUCUCUGUCUUACCGUACCCUUUUGUGCCAGCCAUAACUUUAAUGGUAUUAUUUGGCAGCCGACCCGUGGCGACUGUUUCAUUCGCCCCUUUUGACAAAGGAAGGCGCCCCUGGUCUCUGUCUCCCAAAAACGAGAUGUUGCGACGACAAAAACCAAUAAAAAUGAAAUUACUGUAUGUAUUCGAUGUCGCGCAAAGGCCCAUAAUUUUCGGUAUGAAAGGAUGGAAAGAAGAGGUCGAAAUGGGCGAAUGUUGCCGAAUCAGAGCGAAAAAAAACGAGAAGAGGUCGUGGAAUAAUCACGGGGACUUUCAGAGUUUCUCGUCGCCCGCCGCAUUGACGUGGCAUGUGUUGGAUGCUCACGAGGACGAGCAAGAGAUGUUCUCGUGUGACGCCUGCUCGGUCACGUUCUCCACUGGACAGGAUGUAAGCGGAGGCUCUGGGAAGAGCUAGAUCCAAACUGUCAACUUUCAGAUCCGAGAGCACAAGUGUGCGAAGAGCCAGUCGACGGCACGGAGUAAUUCGGUCCCUCCGGCUACAGUACCCUCUUCUGCCUGCUUUCUUUCAACGCCUUCUACUCCUUGUCCUCAGUUUUCGAUCAAUGAUUCCAUUGGAACUUCAUCUGGACACCGGGAAGAAGAGGAAGAAGAAGAAGAGAUGGAAGAUGGAGCCAACCAGACCAACCAGAUCUUUGGGCAUCUACUUCAGAAAGCUGAGGGAGCACGAAUGUCUGCUCUGUUCCAUAACUCUCUUCCACAGUUUGCAUCAUUCCCAAACAUUCCACCACCUUGUAAGACACAAUCGAAUGUUUCUCAGAGCCUUACAAUACUUAUUUGCAGUUUUAUUGCGACAACCGUUCGACCCGCGAGCUGAUGUGUUCGGUGCGGGAAGGCAUGACAACGACGACGACUGGGAGGCUCUGAUGGAAAUCUCCACGAGCGACGAAAGCGAGAAAAUCAGGGCGCUCGUGGGAGACAAGGCGAUUCCGACGACGGAUCCGAAUCAGUGCAUCCUUUGCCGACGGGUACUCUCGUGCAAGUCCGCCCUCCAGAUGCACUACAGAACACACACGGGAGAGCGGCCAUUCAAGUGCAAGAUCUGUCAGAGGGCGUUCACGACGAAAGGGAAUCUGAAGACGCACAUGGGGGUGCAUCGUUCGAAGCAUUCCUUCCGCGGCCUCCCGAUUUCUCUUCCGCCACAACUCGCCGCUCACCAACUGCCGCCACGUCUUCAUCUUCCGAAUCCGCCCACUUCCGCCGCUGCCGCCGUGGCCGCGGUCGCCCAGAUCCAGGCCAGUCAGCAGUGUCCCAUAUGUCAGCAGCGGUUUAUGAAUUCCCCCGAGCUGGCGGCUCACAUUUCCGAACAUCGCAACUCGCUGACUCAGCCGCCACGUGUCAUGCCCACUCCGCCAGUCGCCGCUCGUGUGCAGUAAGUUUCCGUCGAUCAAAUCUUGCUUUCAUUUCCUGUUCUCUGCAGAAAUUUCCCAUUUGUCCCUUUCUUCACACCGCCGUCGCUCAAUGCCACCGACAUGUCUACGCAGUUCAAUCUGGCUAACAUUCUUUCGGCACAACUGAAGAAAGAGUCGCCGCCGUCUGACACGACGAUUGAGUAUGCAAACGCUUGUUUACUCGGUGUAAUGUGCUUUUUCUUCCAGACAGAAAUCAAUCACUCGGGACGAUCCACCCAAAAUGGCCUCCUUGUCUCCGUCGAACAGCAGCGAGAGUUCCUCUUCAGUUCGUCAGGAUUCCGAGUCGAAUGACCUCGAGGAGAAGCUGAAAAAGCUCGACGAGCCGCCAGUUCUGGAGCAGCAAGCUCCAGCUCACUCGAAUGCGAAAAACGAGAAUCCUCUUCUCGCGAUGCAGAAGAUGUGGGCGGAGACCGAACCGCCACCGCCACGUCAGAUGCCGGUGCUCUCGAAACAUCAGUGCGGCGUGUGCUUCAAGCAUUUCAGCUCCAGCUCUGCCCUUCAGAUCCACAUGCGCACACACACCGGUGAGUCUUCAAAUGAGAUUUCGUUUCCUUUAUUCCCUCACCAUCACAACAACAUUUUCGUCCUUGGCAACCUGUUUCCGUUCAGGCGACAAGCCGUUCAAGUGUGAAAUGUGUGGCCGUGCGUUCACGACUCGCGGCAAUCUGAAAGUGCACAUGGGCACGCACUCGUGGCAGCAGAGCCCUUCGCGUCGCGGUAAGUGCGCAGCUGCCCCCCGCAUUCCACUCGCCCAUCUCAAAUACAGACGCUUCAGGCCGCCGCAUCUUCGACGUGGCAUCCGGAACCGAGAGAACGGUGCACUCGAGCCCCGCCCUUCCGUCAUCUGCUCCGACACCUUCUCCUCUGGCUCUGCUCGCUCCCCACGGACUUUCCGGCCUCGAGAUGAUGAUGAUGUUGUGGCGAACAGUGUGUACCGUCUGUCAGCAAGUUUGUCAGUCUCCAAACGAGUUGGAGCAGCAUCUGAAAGAGCACCUCAACACUGGCUCGGUGCCCACCCCUCUCGCUUCCGCCACCACUCCCCCACCCUCUUAG